UGUCCUCGCCCCACCCCUGCGCAGCGCAUACACACUGCGCACGGCCGCAGACCUCUCGGGUCGCCGCCCGCCCGGACUCCUCCGCCGCGAGACAUGGCCGGCACGGGCGACGACGCCGGGAUGGACGAGGUCCAGAGGCGCCUCAUGUUCGACGAUGAAUGCAUUUUGGUAGAUGAACAGGACAACGUUGUUGGCCAUGAAUCAAAAUAUACCUGCCAUCUGAUGGAGAAGAUUGAGUCUCUGAACCUGCUCCACAGGGCUUUCAGCGUAUUCCUUUUCAACUCAAAACAUGAGCUGCUACUUCAGCAAAGAUCUGCAACGAAGGUUACGUUUCCUUUAGUAUGGACCAACACCUGCUGCAGCCAUCCUCUGUACCGUGAAUCUGAGCUUAUUCAGGAAAACUUUCUUGGUGUCAGAAAUGCUGCUCAGAGGAAGCUCCUCGAUGAGCUGGGCAUCCCGGCUGAAGAUGUGCCUGUUGACCAGUUCACCCCUCUCGGUCGGAUGCUUUACAAGGCACCAUCUGAUGGGAAAUGGGGCGAACAUGAGCUGGACUACCUGCUGUUCAUCGUGCGCGACGUGAAGCUGGUCCCGAACCCGGACGAAGUGGCUGACGUGAAGUACGUGAGCCGGGAGCAACUGCGGGAGCUCAUCCAGCAGGCGGACACCGGCGAGGGCGGCGUGAAGCUGUCCCCCUGGUUCAGGCUGGUGGUGGACAACUUCCUCAUGGGCUGGUGGGAGCACUUGGAGAAAGGCACGCUCGCGGAGGCGGUGGACAUGGAAACCAUCCACAAGCUCAAGCUUUUGUUGUGCCAACGGGAGAUGUCUGUGGCAUUUAGCUUGCUCCGCUUUCCUGGUCCAAAAACAUCCACGGGCUGUCACAUGGAGGGCGUGCUACCCUGGAGCAAGUAAAGGAGAACCCAAGGCUGGCGGAAGAAAUUCAUGUGGUCUUCUUCCCAAUGAGCUGAUUUACCCAGUUCUAGAUGAGAUCAAGUUUUAUCCUAUCUUUUAUCUUUGAUACUCCAGUAGACUACUAGUAGGGGGUAGAAUAUCUUUGCUAGUGGCAGCUGUUGCCAUACUUUAUCACUGUUUGAAACCUGGUGUCGUUGCCAGAA